AUGUCGCCUUCCCACCGACCCCUGCAGGCUCCAGCGCCAGGGUCGGUGGAGCAGGAGGAGGAGAAGCUGGAGGGGGAGAGAAGGACUUCGGCGGCGACGCUUGAGGAUGAGAAGGCCAAGGGCAAUGAUAAGGAAGAGAAGGAAGAAGAAGAAGGCGAGAAAAAUGUGGAGUCGCCUCUGCCUUCAGAGGCAGAGGAGUCCGAGGGAAAUGGUGGGGAAGGGGACACGGAAGGCUACGGGGAGAAAAUAGUGGAAUCUCCGGUGGAAGUUAAGGCCAAGGGCAGCAACGGGAAGAAGGCGAAGAAACAAGGGGGCAAGCAGGCAAAGAAGGAACCACUGUCGCCUCCGGAGGAGAUCGAGCUGCGCGUGUCCAUGCACUACAACGCAGGGGUGGCGGAGGUGGCGAGAGACUGGAGAGCACAGAAGGUGGUGGUGAAAGGGAAGAAGGCCGUGGCCAAUCCUUUGAAGAUGGUGGAGCAUCUCGAGAGGAAAACUGACAAGAAAGUGCAGCUACUGACUCCUCUACCACCUCCACAGCCAGGGAAGAAGAAACCUAAAGCAAAAGAUCAGCUGAAGAAGAAGAAGAAAGAGGAGGAGGAAGGAAGAAGAAGACAAGAAAGAAGAGCUUCAAAUGCACUGGCCAGUCUGCACUCGGAAGAUCACGAAGAAGAUCUUAAAGAUGCAAGGUUUCCUUCUGUCUCCUUCCUCUGUUCCAUAGUUUCGUAA